CCCUGUAUAGUAAGAAUUCACACAAAUCCUUUUAUUAAGAAGAUGGUAGCUGCAAGAAGAGUGGCAUGCUUUACGGGUGCUUCAAAUCUCGAGGAGGAACUCGAUGAUUUUAGAAGUAAAAUCAAGUCGGUAAAUGACACUUAUGAUGUAGUGGAAAAGUGCGCUAAGUUGGCUCGCGCCAAACAUUACAAGAUGUUCGCUUUGGGCAAGGAUGGUCUGUGCUUGUCUGGAGCUGACACUCAAAACAGAUACCAUAUCAGUGGUCCAAAAGGGACGGGGUGUAAAGGCGGUAUCGGCAAGGAAGAUAGUAUGUUCGUUUAUUCUUUGGGUAAGUGUUGAGUGUUGUUCAUCCUUGUUUAAAAUCUAGAGAGUUCAGACGUGGACUAUGACGCUGCAACAAGACAAGCACAUGUCUUAAAAAUAUAUAGAAACGUGUUUGCGAACAAUUUUCUUGUACCACGAUGUCUUGUAAGAUAUCUGUGAUCAGUUGGAUAUAUAUUCACGUUAUUAAAAGAGAAAUGACGUGUUGUGCUAUGCUUUUUCUGGAGGCCAAUCAGAGUGAAGGCUUUAUUCAUUGUUGACGUCAGAGGGACACGUUGAUGCUUAGAAAGUAUACAUGGUCAUGCGGAGGCCGGAGAGCUUACAAAUUGAGUAAUAUUUAGCAAUUAAUGAAUCCAGCUUUCGUAGGAUAUGAAGAAUUACGCAGAUCGAGAGGGUGUGGCCGAGGUGGAUAACACCCUCCGAGAUCUGCCUAAUUCUUCAUAUCUACGAAAGCUGAAUUCAUCAAUUGCUUUAUUAUUCAUUCAAAAUAAUUCUUAGUUUAAAAACAAGCUAAAACACGCUUACCUUCGUCGAUGUCAAGUUCAUCUCGAUAGUGGAUGUUUAGAAGAUAAAGGGCGGUUCAGGGGUCUGUAAAUAUACUCCAAAUAGCAGAUGUUGUCCAUCGAGUUGUCUUGCUAUGUUUUUAGACAAUAGCUAGUCGUGAAACGAGUAAAAUGUUGAGCAGAAUGUUCCGCCAUUUUUGUUUUCACAACCAAAACAACUCAACCUCGUCCCAAGCUUUCUCGGUUAACGGUGCAUUAACCUGCAACUGUGCUGCACUAUUGACGUCAUCGGUGGAUUAAUCGCAAAGUUGUUCAAAAUUUGGUCAACAGAAGCUGGUUAGGGUGAAUCAUUCGUGUGCUUUUAGCCAAUCAGAAACGGAGAAAUAUUAUGAAUGAAUAAUAAUUAUUUCUAUUAAAAACUGAAUGAUUGGAUAAUGUAAUUCUAGAACUGAUUGGCUUAGCUAUCAUGGUAAAGGGCCAUUAACUCAUGCUCUCUAAAUAUGGUAACUGUACGCGUCUGCUCAAAAUUAAAAACAAGCUGAAAGUCGGGAAUAAUUCUAGAUAUUUCUUGGGCGUUUUUAAUGAAACAAGUAUUCCCCUCGCGCUUGUUGGAUAUGCACCUCGUUGGCUAUUUACUAUCUCAUAUCCAACGCGCACUCGUGAAAUAACAGCUGUUAAUUAUAUAGAUGGAGAAUAGCGCAAUGCAGGGCAAAUUGUACAACCGGGAGUACGCUGCUGAAUCUCUGACAAAGCCACUUGCAAUUGAAGGUUCAAUCACCGUGUUUCUCUUCUCCUCAAAAUUAAUUUUCCUUCUUUAUUUUUCGCCAGAUCCCUUACCUGUUCUUCAGCCACUUGGAUGUUAUAAGGACAAAGGCGGAGAUCCCGCCUUACCAAUUAACUACGCUAAUUUCCGCAGUCAGAUUAAGUGGAAGCAAUUGGAGACGGUGCAGCAGUGCGCACAAGUGGCCUUCAACAAAGGUUACGAAUACUUUGCUGUUCAGUUUUACGGAGAGUGUUAUACUGGAAAUGACGCUUCGCAAACUUAUGACAAACAUGGCAAGAGUGACAGAUGUGUGGAAAUUGACAAAACCUUAGGAUUUCGAGUGGGAGAGGCGGACACUAAUUAUGUUUAUCGGAUAAAC